AUGAGUUUAAAUUUCAGCAUAGCUAAUGUAGUAUAUGUAAAGAAUCUUUCAACAGAUGUAUCAGAAAAAGAUAUAAAAGAAAAAUUUGAAUCAUGUGAUGAAAUAAUUAGUAUUACUUUCAAGAAUUUUCCAGGAAAAAAUCAAAAAUAUUGUCAAAUAGAAUUUAAAAGUUCUGAAGGAAUAACAAAAGCCUCAAGAUUAAAUGGAGAACUUUUAUUAAACGUUCCAAUGGUUGUAACAGUUAUUGAACCAAUUUCUCAUAAUCAGAAUUUCAAUGAAAUUUCUAAUACUGAAAAUGAAAAAUUUCUAAAUAAUUCGGAUUUAAGAAAUAUUCAUGUUAAUAACAAUAUACAUAAUAAUAUUCCAAACCAGAACAUACAAAAUAUAUUAUUGCAAAAGCAACUGGUUUCAGAACAAAAAAAAGGAUUAGUUGAUUUUCAAAAUUCAUUGAACGCAAAAAAUAACAAAUUUGAUGUUUUCUCAAAAAUUGUUUAUAUGGAAAAUAUACCUGAAAAUUUUGAUGAAGAGGAUAUAAAGAAAUUUUUUAAAAAUGUAGGAAAAACAACAAAUUAUAAAAUUCAGUAUAAUGAACAUAAAAAGGUGCAUACUGCUUUUGUUGAAUUUAAAAAUGAAGAGCACGCAAAAGCUGCUUUAAAUUUGAACGGAUUUAAAGUAGGAAAAAAUGAGAUAUGUAUAAGAGAUGCAUAUAGCUUAAUUAAUGAAAAAGAUAUUUUAAAAAAUAAUUUUUCACUUUAUAGUAAUAGUAAAGAUGAUGUAAAUGUGGCUAAUAAACAAACAGUUAAUGAAAAAGUAGAAAAAGUUUUAGCAUUAAAAGAAAAGUUAACAUUGAAAUUAUGUGCUAUGUAUAAACCAAAUUUACUUUUAGUAAAUAACUUAGUGAAAACUAACCCUUUUUUACUGAAUGCAAAUAUAGAAAAUGAUGAGAAUAAAAAUGUAGAAAAAUGUACAGAUGAAACAAAAAAAGAGAUAAUAAACGAUUCUAAUGAUAUUAAACUGAAAAAAAGUGAUGUUCCAGAAGAUAAAAGUUGUGAAGAAGAAAAGAAAAAAAAAAUAAAAAGAAAAAAUUCUAAAAGUAAAUAUAGUAGUUCUGUUUCAAGUGGAAAAAGUUAUUCUCAUAAAAGUAGCAGAUCAAGUAGCGACGAUGAUAGUUAUAGAAGAAGUAGUAAAACCAGCUCUAGAAAAAAAAAAAUUCAAAAAAAACAUAGUAGUAAAAAGAGAAGAAAAUAUAAAAGUCGCUCAAGGAGUUAUUAUUAUAGCAAAAGCAAUUCAAGAAGUUCAUAUAAAUCAGAAAAGAUGAGGUAUAAAAAAAAAAAAAAAAAAAAAUAUCGUAAUUCUUCUUCUAGUUUUAGUGAUUCAUCUUAUUCAUCAAGAAGAAAACGUAGAGAAUCUAGUAAUUAUAAACCAUGGUGGGUAAAAGAAUCUGAGAAAAUGCAAAUGAGACAAAGAAUGAAAGAAAAACAGAUGCGUGAAAUGGCUAUGAGAGAAAAAUAUAGGAGGUAA